GGCAGUGUAGGGCGGCUGGAUUGGUGCAACCAGAGACAAAUUGGCGCCAUUUUGAAGCCGGGAGGAGGACCAGAUCUGCAGAAGGAGAGACGAUUGGCCGCUAUUCAUCAAACAAGGGAGCACUGAGCUGAGAGCAUGGCUCACUCCAAGACCCGGGCCACCGAUGGAAAGAUCACCUACCCCCCGGGGGUGAAGGAGAUCUCCGACAAAAUCUCCAAGGAGGAGAUGGUGCGCAGGCUCAAGAUGGUGGUGAAGACCUUCAUGGACAUGGACCAGGACUCUGAGGAGGAGAAGGAGCUCUACCUCAACCUGGCCCUGCACCUGGCCUCCGACUUCUUCCUCAAGCACCCGGACAAGGACGUGCGUCUGCUGGUGGCCUGCUGCCUGGCGGACAUCUUCAGAAUCUACGCCCCCGAGGCGCCCUACACCUCCCCCGACAAGCUGAAAGACAUAUUCAUGUUCAUCACACGGCAGUUGAAGGGGCUGGAGGACACCAAGAGCGCCCAGUUCAACAGAUACUUUUAUUUACUUGAGAACAUAGCCUGGGUGAAGUCCUACAACAUCUGCUUCGAGUUGGAGGACAGCAACGAGAUCUUUACGCAGCUCUACAGAACGCUCUUCCAAGUGAUCAACAACGGUCACAACCAGAAGGUGCACAUGCACAUGGUGGAUCUGAUGAGCUCCAUCAUCUGUGAGGGGGACACCGUGUCACAGGAGCUGUUGGACACGGUGCUGGUCAACCUGGUUCCAGCACACAAGAACUUGAACAAGCAGGCGUAUGACCUGGCCAAAGCCCUGCUGAAGAGGACCGCACAGGCCAUUGAGCCCUACAUCACCAACUUCUUUAACCAGGUGCUGAUGUUGGGGAAGACGUCGGUGAGCGACCUGUCGGAGCACGUGUUCGACCUCAUCCUGGAGCUGUACAACAUCGACAGCCACCUGCUCCUGUCCGUGCUCCCCCAGCUGGAGUUCAAGCUCAAGAGCAACGACAACGACGAGAGGCUGCAGGUGGUGAAGCUUUUGGCCAAAAUGUUCGGAGCGAAAGAUUCGGAGCUGGCCGGGCAGAACAAGCCCCUCUGGCAGUGCUACCUGGGAAGGUUCAAUGACAUCCAUGUUCCCAUUCGCCUGGAGUGUGUGAAGUUUGCCAGUCAUUGCCUGAUGAACCACCCUGACUUAGCCAAAGACCUGACAGAGUACUUAAAGGUGAGGUCACAUGACCCAGAAGAGGCCAUCCGACACGAUGUGAUCGUCUCCAUAGUGACGGCCGCGAAGAAGGACCUGGCCCUCGUGAACGAUCAGCUGCUGAACUUCGUGAGGGAGAGGACGCUAGACAAGAGGUGGCGCGUCCGUAAGGAGGCCAUGAUGGGCCUGGCUCAGAUCUAUAAGAAGUACUCUCUGCAGGGCGAGGCGGGGAAGGAAGCCACCAAGCAGAUCUCCUGGAUCAAAGACAAGCUGCUGCACAUCUACUACCAGAACAGCAUCGACGACCGGUUGCUUGUGGAGCGUAUCUUUGCCCAGUACAUGGUGCCUCACAACCUGGAGACCAUGGAGCGGAUGAAGUGUCUGUACUACCUGUAUGCUACGCUAGACCUCAACGCUGUCAAAGCUCUGAAUGAGAUGUGGAAGUGCCAGAACAUGCUGAGACACCAUGUCAAAGACCUGCUGGACCUCGUCAAGCAGCCAAAAUCAGAGGCCUGUAGCAAGGCGGUGUUCUCCAAAGUCAUGGUCAUCACAAGAAACCUCCCGGACCCUGGCAAAGCCCAGGACUUUGUGAAGAAGCUGGCCCAGGUUCUGGAGGAGGACGAGAAGAUCCGGAAGCAGCUGGAGACCCUGGUCAGCCCGGCCUGCUCCUGCAAGCAGGCGGAGGGAUGUGUGAGAGAGAUCACGAAGAAGUUGGGCAGUCCCAAGCAGCCCAGCAACCCGUUUCUGGAGAUGGUGAAGUUCCUGCUGGAGCGGAUCGCCCCAGUGCACAUCGACACCGAGUCCAUCAGCGCCCUCAUCAAACAGGUGAACAAGUCCAUCGACGGCACGGCAGAUGACGAUGAUGAGGGCGUUCCCACAGACCAGGCUAUCCGAGCUGGCCUGGAGCUUCUCAAGGUGCUGUCCUUCACCCACCCGGUGUCCUUCCACUCGGCCGAGACCUUCGAGUCGCUGCUGGGCUGCCUGAAGAUGGAGGACGAGAAGGUGGCCGAAGCCGCGCUGCAGAUCUUCAAGAACACGGGCGGCAGGAUGGAGGAGAGCUUCCCGCACAUCAAAUCGGUCCUCCUGCCAGUACUGCAGCAUAAGGCCAAGAAGGGCCCACCUCGCCAGGCCAAGUACGCCAUCCACUGCAUCCACGCCAUGUUCUCCAACAGAGACACGCAGUUCGCACAGAUUUUUGAGCCUCUCCAUAAGGGGCUGGACCCGACCAGUCUGGAUGUGCUCAUCACGCCCCUCACCACGCUGGGGCACCUGGCCAUGCUGGCCCCGGACCAGUUCGCCGGCCCACUCAAGUCCCUGGUGGCCAACUUCAUCGUCAAGGACCUGCUCAUGAACGACCGGGUCCCUGGUAAGAAGACGACCAAACUGUGGGUCCCCGACGAUGAAGUGUCCCCGGAAACUCUGGCCAAGAUCCAGGGCAUUAAGCUGAUGGUGCGGUGGCUGCUGGGGGUGAAGAACAACCUGAGCAAGUCGGGGAACUCCACCCUGAGGAUGCUGACGGCCAUCUUGAACAGCGACGGGGACCUGACGGAGCAGGGGAAGAUGGGGAAGCCGGAUAUGUCGCGGCUGAGGCUGGCUGCAGGCUGUGCGGUGCUGAAGCUGGCCCAGGAGCCCUGCUAUCACGAGAUCAUCACCCUGGAGCAGUACCAGCUCUGCGCCCUGGUCAUUAACGACGAGUGCUACCAGGUGCGGCAGGCUUUCGCUCAGAAGCUGCACAAGGGGCUGUGCCGGCUGAGGCUCCCGCUGGAGUACCUGGCCAUCUUCGCCCUGUGCGCCAAAGACCCCAUGAAGGAGCGCCGCGCCCACGCCCGCCAGUGCCUGGUCAAGAACAUCAACCUCCGCCGCGAGUACCUGAAGCAGCACGCCGCCGUCAGCGAAAAGCUCUUCUCUCUGCUCCCGGAGUACGUGGUGCCGUACACCAUUCACUUGCUGGUCCACGACCCCGACUACGUGAAGGUGCAGGACAUCGAGCAGCUGAAGGACAUCAAAGAGUCCUUAUGGUUCGUUUUAGAAAUCCUGAUGGCGAAGAACGAGAACAACAGCCACGCGUUCAUUCGGAAAAUGGUGGAGAACAUAAAGCAGACGAAAGACGGCCAGUUGCCCAACGACGCCAAGAUAAACGAGAAGCUGUACACGGUGUGUGACGUGGCCAUGAACAUCAUCAUCUCCAAGAGCACCACGUACAGCCUGGAGUCGCCCAAGGACCCCGUCCUGCCCGCCCGCUACUUCACCCAGCCCGACAAGAAUUUCAGCAAUACGAAAAAUUACCUCCCUCCAGAAAUGAAAUCCUUCUUUACUCCGGGAAAGCCCAAAGCUGCCAACGUCCUGGGGGCGGUGAACAAGCCCCUGUCCACCGCCGGCAAACAGCUGCAGACGAAGUCGUCCCGCAUGGAGACCAUCAGCAACGCCAGCAGCAACUCCAACCCCGGCUCCCCCGGGCGUAGCAAGGGCAGGUCCGUACCUAUCCCACAAUGCACCCAGUCGGCUGCUGAUUAUGAGAUGGACAGCACUGAGAGGGACCACAGUGAAAAUGAAGACAUCACCAUCAUGAAGAGCUCCCCCAUACCCAGCAAGAAGGGAGACAAGAGGGACGACUCUGACCUGCUGAGGGACAGUGAAAAGCCCCGGGGCAGGAAACGAGGUGCGGCCUCCGCCCCGGACGAGGAUUCGGGCCAGGACCCCAAGCCCAAGCGCGGGCGCAAGAAGGCGGCCAACGCCGUCCCCGGCGGCGCGGCCGACCUGGAGGAGCCGUGGCCCGAGGAGAGCCGCGUGGGGGACCUCUCCCUGGAGACGGAGGACGAGCAGAACAGCCCGCCCAAGAAGGGCCGGCGGGGCCGCCCCCCCAAAGCCGCCCCGCCCAAGGAGGACACGCCCGUCAAGGGCCGCCGCGGGCGCAAGAAGGCCGCCCCGCCGCCCGAGGAGGAGCCGGAGGAAGAGGAGGAGGCGGAGGAGGAGGAGGAAGACCGCAACAGCGAGAACACGGAGGUGAAGCCCAAAGCGGUGGGGAGGCCGGCCAGGACCCCCCGGAGGGCAUCGCAGAGGGUGGAACCUGCGGUGGCCACAGACGAAUCCGUUGAGGUUACCCCUCAGAAAAGAAGAGGGAGGCCGCCCAAAUCUGCGCAGCAGCCGGCCAAGAAGAACACCCGGGCGGGGCGUCCCAGGGCGGCGGCCAGCAAGGAGAACGAGUCGGCCCACGAGAUGGAGACGUCCCAGCAGAGCGUGGAGGAUGAGGAGGAGGAGGAGGAGGAGGAGGUGGAGGAAGAGCCGCAGGAGGAGGACGAGGAGUACACCACGCCGAAGGUCCGGCGGAAGGCGACCAAGCGGGACCGGAGAUGAGCGUGGCGUGUGUCAG